AUGCCAGUCUCAUCAUCCAAAGCCGCUCGUCUUGCGAAGAAGGGUGAGAAGAAGACGGCUGCAUCCAGACUCUCCUCCAAGGCUGCAUCAAGGAAUGCCUCCACCAACGGAUCCAAAGCAUCUUCCGUCGCUGGUGACGAUGACCCUCCUAUGCUCGACGAAGACGAAAUCGACACUCCUGCAACUGGAGCCGAUAAAAUGGAAAAGGUCAAGAAAUUGACUGAACAGAUGGAUAAACACGGUCUUUCCGACAGAGUGACAACCGGUGUUUUGGCUUCCCUCGAGGCCAGUCGCGAUGUCAAAAUCAUUUCAGCCUCUCUAGUCUUCCACGGUAAAGUUCUUAUUGCCGACUCUACAAUCGAAGUUACUUCUGGCCGAAGAUACGGCCUCCUCGGUGAGAAUGGUUGUGGCAAAUCAACACUCUUGAAGGCCAUUGAAAAGAGAGAAUAUCCCUUCCCAGAACAUGUCGACAUUUAUCUUCUCAAUGAAGGUGCACCAGCAACCGACUUGGGUGCUCUCGAGUGGGUUAUCAAAGAAGCCGAGAAGGAGGUCAAGAGAUUGGACGAUUUGGCUGAAGAGAUCCUGGAAAAGGAGGGCCCAGAAAGUCCCGCGUUGAUGGAUAUUUAUGAGCGUUCCGAGGCCAUGGAUCCAAAUACCUUCGAAGUGCGCGCCUCCCUCAUCCUCACCGGUCUUGGUUUCAACAAGAAGACAAUCCACAAGAAGACCAAAGACAUGUCUGGUGGUUGGAGAAUGCGUGUUGCCCUUGGUAGAGCUCUAUUCGUCAAACCUUCUCUACUACUUCUUGAUGAUCCCACUGCACAUCUUGAUCUCGAAGCCUGUGUGUGGCUUGAAGAAUACAUGAAGAAGUGGGACAAGACUUUGAUUCUGGUUUCACAUUCCAUGGACUUUUUGAAUGGUGUUUGCACAAACAUGAUCGAUAUGAGAGAAAAGAAGCUGAUCUACUAUGGUGGUAAUUACGAUUCCUACAUGAAGACACGAUCCGAGCAAGAGACCAAUCAACAAAAGGCCUACCUCAAACAACAGGACGAAAUUGUUCAUAUCAAAAAAUUCAUCGCCUCGGCUGGUACCUAUGCCAAUUUGGUCAGACAAGCCAAGUCUCGACAGAAGAUCCUGGAUAAGAUGGAGGCUGAUGGUUUCAUUCAACCAGUCAUCCAAGAUCGUGUCUUCACCUUCCGAUUCGCUGAUGUCGACAAACUUCCUCCCCCAGUCCUGUCCUUCGAUGACGUGACUUUCAGCUAUUCAGGCAAGCCGGAGGACAACUUGUAUGAGAAUCUCGAUCUAGGUGUCGACAUGGACAGCAGAACAGCUCUUGUGGGACCUAACGGUGUCGGUAAAUCGACAUUGUUGCGUAUCAUGACUGGCAAGCUCAGCCCAACAUCAGGAAGUGUCAGUAGACAUACUCAUUUGAAGCUUGGUUUGUAUUCUCAGCACUCUGCAGAUCAAUUGGACCUGACCAAGUCGGCCCUCGAUUUUGUUCGUGACAAGUAUGCCUCAACUUCACAAGAUUACCAAUACUGGAGACAACAGCUUGGUCGCUAUGGUCUUUCUGGUGAAUCUCAGACUGCCUUGAUGGGUACUCUGUCUGAAGGUCAACGAUCACGUGUCGUCUUCGCUCUUCUCGCAAUUGAGAGUCCCAACAUGUUACUUUUGGACGAACCUACCAACGGUUUGGAUAUUCCCACCAUUGACUCACUUGCGGAUGCUAUCAAUGCUUUCUCGGGUGGUGUCGUUGUUGUGUCUCACGAUUUCAGAUUGCUCGAUAAAAUUGCCAAAGACAUCAUGGUCUGCGAAAACAAGACAGUCCGACGCUGGGACGGAUCGAUCGGAGCAUACAAGAACCACCUGCGAAAGAAGAUGGUGUCUAUGGGACAAGUCUAA